GUCUCCGAGUCCCGUCAUGGAUACCCUCUUCCAGUCCGGCUUCCUCAAUGUCAUUGCAGGAGUUGCCUGCGGUGUGUGCCUGGGAUGGGGCAUUCGGGGGAGGUUCCUCCGGCAGCCCUUGGUGGGAGCCAGCGCGGCCGCCAGCAACAGCCUGGGCUGCGAAGCCAUGGGCGAGUCCGGGGAGUUCAAGAUGGUGCUGAUUGUCCGCAACGAUUUGAAGAUGGGGAAGGGUAAAGUAGCAGCACAGUGUUCCCAUGCCGCUGUGUCUGCCUACAGGCAAGUGCAAAGAAGAAACCCUAAGCUCCUGAAGCAGUGGGAAUACUGCGGACAACCGAAAGUGGUCCUCAGAGCUCCAGAUAAGGAGACACUGAUCCAACUCCAGGCUGACGCAGAACACCUUGGACUGACUGUGAGCUUAAUCCAAGAUGCGGGUCGGACUCAGAUAGCUCCAGGCUCCCAGACUGUCCUUGGGAUUGGUCCGGGACCAGCUGAUGUGAUAGAUAAAGUUUCUGGUCACCUAAAACUCUUUUAAGCUGGGGAUCAAACAAGUCUGAAUGUAUUGCUAUGUAGUGGUAUGAAGGGCUAAAAUCCAGGUUUAUGGAAUUUUGC